GUGAAGGUCCGUAUCUCUUGACGUAAUUGCGCACGCGCUGUGGACAACAUUGCAGUGGCACAUUCCCCGCUUUGCAUCGCACCCUCCUCCUUGAUAGCAAACGUUCAGUUGCAAGCCAGUUCGGAACUCCCUCAUUGUCAUAACGCUUAUAUACGUACACAUAUUCUCACUAGUGUUUUAUGAGGAGCAGCAACCAGACGCCAAAACUCAAUUAAAUCCCCGGUACAGUUGAUGCUCACUCCAUUGCCAUGGCAACAGAAGACAAGAAGCCAGAGACUGACACAAAGCCUCCGGUGGCGACAACAACAUCCACUCAGAAUAAGUCAACUCCCUCCAAGCCCAAUUACGGAUUGAAGUUUACGCUAGCAGGCCACACUAAAGCUGUGUCCUCUGUCAAGUUCAGUCCUAGUGGAGAGUGGCUGGCCAGCUCCUCUGCAGAUAAACUCAUCAAAAUCUGGGGCGCUUAUGACGGCAAGUUUGAGAAAACCAUAUCAGGACACAAACUUGGCAUAUCUGAUGUGGCUUGGUCCUCGGACUCCAACCUUCUGGUGUCUGCGUCUGAUGAUAAGACCUUGAAGAUCUGGGAUGUCAGCUCGGGAAAAUGCUUAAAGACCUUGAAAGGUCACAGCAACUACGUGUUCUGCUGCAACUUCAACCCGCAAUCCAAUCUUAUUGUGUCGGGAUCAUUUGACGAGAGUGUGCGAAUAUGGGACGUGAAGACUGGAAAGUGUUUGAAAACACUUCCCGCUCAUUCAGACCCCGUCUCUGCUGUCCAUUUCAACAGAGAUGGCUCUCUGAUUGUGUCCAGCAGCUAUGAUGGACUUUGCCGAAUUUGGGACACAGCAUCUGGGCAGUGCUUAAAAACACUCAUAGAUGACGACAACCCUCCGGUGUCGUUUGUCAAGUUUUCUCCCAAUGGGAAAUACAUCCUGGCUGCGACGCUGGAUAACACACUGAAGCUGUGGGACUAUAGCAAAGGAAAGUGCUUGAAAACGUACACGGGCCAUAAAAAUGAGAAGUACUGCGUAUUUGCCAACUUCUCCGUCACUGGUGGAAAGUGGAUCGUAUCGGGCUCUGAGGACAACAUGGUGUAUAUCUGGAACCUGCAGACAAAGGAGAUCGUGCAGAAACUGCAGGGCCACACAGAUGUGGUCAUUUCCACCGCCUGCCACCCGACAGAGAACAUCAUCGCAUCUGCCGCACUAGAAAAUGACAAAACCAUCAAGCUUUGGAAGAGUGAUUGCUAAAGCCUGACAAUACGUAUUUCUUUUUAACAAUGUUUUAUAUAUAUAUAUGAAAAAAGGACUUUCUUUUCCCCCUGCCAGUGAGCUUUUGGAUGCAGAGUUUACAGGGAAUAAACUCCAGCAAUGAUGCGAAACUGAAACAUCGGCUAAAAAUUCUGUUUAGCAGUGUGUUCUGCACGACAACCAUAUUACAUCUGUUCCACGUGGUUUUGUGUCAUUCCGCCUUACUGCACAUUUUGUUCUUGAAAUGGAAUUGUUUAACAAACUUUAUCAUGACACCAUUUUUUAGUGUGUCAGUAGAAUUGGACAGAACUUUUAUUGUGGAUGGCAACACAUUUCAUGACAACUCACUUAUGGUCUGAACAAAAAAAAAAAAAAAAAACCUAAAGGUUAUUAGUUUUUUUGCCAUUAUUAUGUCUGUUAUUGUUGAGUGAUGUCAGGUUUAAUUUUCUAAUAAAGAAAAGAACCC